AUGAAAUCAUAAAAUUUAGAAACGAUAGAAUUGUAAGGUAAUCCUGCUUCUAGAAUGGAUGAUGAUGAUCUUGUAAGAUAACAUGGAAGACUUUCACAUUUAUUUUAAACUCUUUCAGCAAAUUCAAAGAUUGGGAAAAAGAAGUCAACAAUUAUUGGGAGAUCAAAAAAAAAUGCUUUUGAAGAUAGCAGCACUACAAGACUAUAUUUUGAAAGAUAUAGAGUGUUAGAAUUAGGAAGAAUGUUGACUAUUUGUGCUAGCAUUGUGCUUACAGUUCUUGAAGUUAAUUAUUGAUAAAUAAUAAAUAGUAUGAGGUUUCAUUUGGAUAUCAGUUAACGGAUAGAUAUGAAGAAGAAAUAAAAACAUUAUUAUACCUGAUUCUAUUCUUAACUAUUAUAUCUAGUAUAUUAUUUUCAUUUAUAUAGUUCUUAUGACUUUUAUGGCAUAUUUAGCAGAACUUGAAUUUUAGAAACGAUCUCUUAGAGUUCCAAAAGAUUCCAAUAUAUUUUAAACAAAUCUUAUUCCUCUUUUGUUAAUAGAAACUGCUAUACUUCUACCUUGUCCAACGCCUUUUACUAGGGGAUAUAAAGUUUCAUUCACUCAACGAUAUGAUGAUUAACCAAGAUUCUAUUUCAUAAAUGAGAUAUUAACUUUUAUAAUGCUUUUUAGAUCAUUACUUAUUUUAAAUAUAGCAUUUAAGUUCCAAUCAUUUUAUUCAAAUAGAGUAAAUAGAUUAUGGUAUUUAUUUUAUUUUAUUUUAGUGGUAUAUAUUAAGUAGAAUUUGGUCCUCAUUUCAUAUUUAAAGUUGCUAUUAGAGAGAAUCCAUAUUCAACUCUUUGUGGAUUAUUUUCUCUAGGAAUAUUUAUGUUUUCUUACUAAUUAGAAAUAUCAGAAAGAUCGUUAUUAAGAACAUCAAUUGAAAUUGGUAAUUAUUACACUAAAAAUUCAUUAUGGGUUUGCAUGAUAACUAUUUUCACAGUCGGCUAUGGAGAUAUUUAUCCAACUACUGAACUUGGAAGACUUUCUAUGACAUUAGGUUUAUUUUAUGGAGUAGCCUUAACAUCACUUUUUACAGCUAUAUUAUAUGCAGAUUUGCAACCAUUUGUUUCCGAAUUAAAAUCUAUUACAUUAUUAGAUAAAACUAACUUAAAAUUUCAAAUUAGAUAGGCUGCUGAAAAUGCUCUAUUAAAUUGCUAUAAACUUCAUAUGUAUCUCAAAAAUCAUCAAGUAAAUAUUAUAAAUGAUCCUGCAUCUACAAUUAGAAUUAAUCAAAUCUAAUCAUCUUUAUAAGAAAGCACAUCACUUAUAAGGUAAGAGAUAUUUAUUAUUCAAGAAAUUAUCGAUCUAUUGAUACUGAAGAUAUUAUUUCUAUGGCUGAUCGAUAUUUUAAAGAUAUGAACAACAAAAUUAAAGAUUUUAGAGAAAUGCUUUAGAAAAUGAAAUAUCAACAAAUUUCUAUCAAUUAAAGAGACACUUCUAAAUUAAUGUCUAUAUAAAAAUAAUGUCAUACAAUCACUGCUGCUAGUUGUGAAGUUAAAAGCAAAGAUGACAAUUAUUUUGAAUAGUUAAUUGACUCUGAAUCUGACCAUUCUGAAUUAAUGUAGUUCAACGAAGAUGAAUGA